CUGGCACGGCCUAUCAGCGUCCGAGGAAAGUCAGGCUUGCUGCUGGUAGAGCUAUAGCCUAUAGGAAGCUGCCCCGAUCGAGCCCUUGCUCCUUUCCCCUGCAUGCCUCCGCGUUGAUCCAGCUGCUCCGGCAUGGCGAUCUCCAAGACCACCCAGCCCUCGCCGGCGGCCAUCUUCCUCUCAGGGGCGGCCUCAGCGACUGCGCUGCUCGUCUUCUUCUACACCGCCACCGCAGGCCCCGCGUGGCCCACGACGACGACGGAGUUCACUCCUCAGGGAAGCCAGGCGGUGGCUCGGUCGGCUUCUGCACCGGCGACGAAGGCUUCUUCUCCUACCGCUACCAAUGCGGUACGAUCUACUCAUAUUUGCUCUUCGGCCAUCUGCUAUCUAAUCUGCUUAACGGUUUCCUUUGCGCAGACAGGCGGCGACGACGCGUUCGCGCGGAUGCUGCGGCGGGCGGCCAUGGAGGACCGGACGGUGAUCAUGACGUCGGUGAACGAGGCGUGGGCGGCGGAGGGGUCGCUGCUGGACUCCUUCCUCGAGAGCUUCCGCGUGGGGCUCAACAUCUCGCACCUGGUGAAGCACAUCGUGGUGGUGGCCAUGGACGAGGGCGCGCUCCGCCGGUGCCGCGCCGUGCACCCGCACUGCCACCUGCUGCUCCCGGACGUCCACGGCCUCGACCUCUCCGGCGCCAAGACCUACAUGACCAAGGACUACCUCGACCUCGUCUGGAGCAAGCUCCGGCUCCAGCACCGCGUCCUCCUCCUCGGCUACAACCUCCUCUUCACGGACGUGGACGUGGCGUGGUUCCGGGACCCGCGGGUGCACAUCACGGCGGCGGCGGACAUCACGACGUCGAGCGACUUCUACUUCGGCGACCCGGACGACCUGGGCAACUACCCAAACACGGGUUUCAUCUACUUCAAGGCCACGGCCCGCAACGCGCGCGCCAUGGCGUACUGGCACGCCGCCAGGGCGCGCUUCCCGGAGAACCACGACCAGUUCGUCUUCAACGAGAUCAAGCGGGAGCUGGCGGCGCCGCCCAUCGGCGUCCGGAUCAGGUUCGUCGACAGCAAGCACGUCAGCGGCUUCUGCCAGCUCGGGCGCGACCUGAACCGCAUCGCCACCGUGCACAUGACCUGCUGCAUCGGCCUGGAGAACAAGCUGCACGACCUCCGGCGCGUCGUGGAGGACUGGAGGCGCUACGUGUCGCGCCCGGAGUGGGAGCGCCGGGCCGGCAAGAUCGGGUGGAGGUUCGAGGGAGGCAAGUGCAUACAUUGAUUGAUCGAUCCAUUGAUUGAUGGGAUCGACGAGGACCGAUCGAUGCGGGAAUGCUCAUUGAGAGAGACCGAUGGUGCAUGGAAGAUUGCGAGCUUCCGGCCUGUCGUUGAUGUGUUUCGCCAUUCUGUUCAUAUUUCAGAAAUUAUUUAGUACACACAUGACAUGUACCUUGAGAAAAAUGUACACACAUGCUAUGCUUUUUUCAGACAGAAGAAUACACAUGCUAUGCU